AUGGCGACCAAGCAAAGCAUUCGACGUUCGGACCCGACGCUAUCGGAUAGCAUCUUCCAAAUGUUUGAGAUGCAUGGAAAGUCUGUUAUCAUCACAGGCGGGACCGGUGGAAUUGGCUAUCACGUUGCUCGAGGCCUAGCAGAAGCGGGUGCUAAUGUGGCGUUGUGGUAUCAUAAUUCUUCUCAAGCUGAGGCAUUGGCCGCUUCACUCGAGAAUGAUUUUGGUAUCAAGGCAAAGGCGUAUAAGUGCUCAGUGCAGAACUUUGAGGAAGUUCAAGCAGUCACCGAUGCAUUUAUGCGCGACUUCGGCCGUCUCGAUGUUAUGAUCGCGAAUGCGGGAAUUCCUUCCAAGGCUGGAGGUCUGGAAGAUAGAAUUGAAGACUGGCAAAGGGUAGUUGACAUUGACUUUUCUGGUGCUUACUAUUGCGCUCGUGUUGCAGGCCAGAUAUUCCGAAGACAAGGCUCUGGCAACAUGAUAUUCACGGCCUCAAUGUCUGGUCAUGCAGUGAAUUUUCCACAACAGCAGGUUCGUUAUAAUAACCGUGUAGAUGGAAACGAGGCUAAUAGUGCUCAGGCAUGUUACAAUGCUUGCAAGGCGGGUGUGAUCCAUCUGGCCAAGUCGUUAGCUGUGGAGUGGGCCGACUUCGCCCGCGUUAACUCUGUCAGCCCAGGAUACAUCGACACGUCUAUGAGCGAAGACUGUCCAUUCGAAAUGAAGGAAGAGUGGUACAGCCUGACCCCAUUGAGGCGUGAUGGUGAUCCACGGGAGCUGAAGGGUGCAUAUCUGUACCUUGCGAGCGAUGCUAGUACCUACACAACCGGAUCGGAUAUUGUGGUAGAUGGAGGGUACACAUGUCGAUGA